AUGGAAGUCCAUGUGCUCUGGUUCAUCUCUUUCUUCACCCUCAUUGAAGGCCAAGAUGGCUUCCUGGGGAGAAAUGAAGGCAUCAACACAAGAAGAGGACUCAUUGUUAAUAAGAAAAAGCAUCCAGGCCCAGUCCAGGAGUAUGAGCUGCUGCUUCAGGUGGCCUAUAGAGAUUCCAAGGAGAAGAGAGACGUGAAGAAUUUUCUGAAGCUUCUGAAACCUCCAUCAUUAUGGUUACAGAAACCAGUGAAGAUUAUUAGAGCAAAGGCCACUACAUAUUGUGGCAACCAGAAUGGGGUUUUGCAGUGUGCCUGUGAGGAUGGCUACACCUGGUUUCCUCCCUCAUGCCUUGAUCCCCAGAAAUGCUACCUUCACACAGCUGGAGGGCUCCAGAGCUGUCACUGUCACCUCAACAACCUCACCCACAGCAUCAAUUUCUGUGAAAGAACAAAGGUUUGGGGCACUUUCAAAAUUAAUGAAAGAUUUGCCAAAGACCUUUUGAAUUCAUCUUCUCCUUCAUACUCCAAAUAUGCCACUGGAAUUGAAAUUCAACUUAAAGAAAUAUUCAAAAGAAUUCAAGAGUUUGAGUCAGUUCGUGUCACCCAAUUUCGUCAUUCCAAUGAUGGAGGCAUCAUUGCCGGGUUUGAAGUUGUGGGUUCCAGCAGCACAUCUGAGCUGCUGUCAGCCAUUGAACAGGUGGCCGAGAAGGUGAAGGUAGGACUUCACAAGCUGUUCCUGCUUGAAGAUGGCUCUUUCAGAGUAUGUGGAAAAGCCCAGUGUAACAGCAUUGUCUUUGGAUUUGGGUACAUGAAUGACGAAUAUAUUUUUCCCUGUAGCAGCGGCUACACUGGGAACAUUACAGCGAGGUGCCAGCCUUCUGGGUGGCGGAUCCUUAGGGAGACGUGUGUGCAUUCUCAGCUGGAGGAACUGAAGAAGAAUUUCAGUGUGAUCGCAGGCAAUGCUACCGAGACAGCCGUGUCAUCCUUGGUGCGAAAUCUUUCUGUUGUGAUUCGGCAAAACCCGUCAACCACAGCCGGCAAUCUGGCUUCAGUGGUGUCAAUUCUGGACAACGUCUUGUCUUUGUCACUGGCGAGCCAUUUCAAAGUGUCUAGUUCAACAAUGGAGGAUGUCAUCAGUAUAGCUGACCACAUCCUGAAUUCAUCAUCAGUAACCAACUGGACGGUGUUACUACAGGAAGAACAGCAUGCCAGCUCGCAGUUACUGAAGACACUGGAAAACAUCAGUAGCCUUGUACCUCCAACAGCUCUGCCUCUGAAUUUUUCUCGGGAAUUCAUUAACUGGAAAGGGAGUCCAGUGUCCCAAAGCCAACUCAAGAUGGAUUACAACUAUCAGACUGAAAUGUUCCCUCCAAAUGCCUCCAUUCCCAUAAGAGGCCAUGUGUUAAUUGAGUCAGACCAAUUCCAGCGGUCCCUUCCAGAAACCAUCAUCAGCAUGGCCUCGUUGACCCUGGGGACUAUCCUAUCUGCUACCAAAAAUGGAAAUGCUCAGGUCAAUGGCCCCGUGAUAUCCACGAUUAUUCAAAACUAUUCUAUAAAUGAGGUUUUCCUGAUUUUUUCCAAGAUAGAGUCGAAUCUGAGCCAACCUCAUUGUGUGUUUUGGGAUUUCAGUCUUUUGCAAUGGAACAAUGCGGGCUGCCACCUGGUGAACGAAACUCCAGACACGGUGAUGUGCCGAUGUACUCACCUGACCUCCUUCUCGGUACUGAUGUCUCCCUUUGUCCCCCCUGCCAUCAUCCCCGUGGUGAAAUGGAUCACCUUUGUGGGACUGGGCAUCUCCAUCGGAAGUCUCACCUUAUGCCUGAUCAUUGAAGCUCUGUUUUGGAAGCAGGUCAAGAAAAACCAGACCUCCUACACACGUCAUGUUUGCAUGGUGAACAUAGCCCUGUGCCUCCUGAUUGCUGAUGUUUGGUUCCUUGUCGCUGCCACUGGAGACUCCCCCGUAAACCUUUCCGGAGUCUGUAUAGCUGCUGUGUUCUUCGUGCACUUUUUCUAUCUCUCCUUGUUCUUUUGGAUGCUCACACUUGGCAUCCUGCUGGCCUAUCGGAUCCUCCUCGUGUUCCAUCACAUGGCCAUGCCUUCAAUGAUAGCCAUCGGCUUCUGCCUGGGCUACGGGUGCCCUCUCAUCAUAUGUGCCAUCACGAUUGCUGUCACGCAGCCAAGCAAUGGCUACACAAGGAAAGACGUGUGUUGGCUUAACUGGUCUGAUAGGAGCAAACCCCUCUUAGCCUUUGCUGUUCCUGCACUGACUAUUGUGGCUGUGAAUUUGGUGGUGGUGCUACUGGUUCUCAGGAAGCUCUGGAGGCCCACUGUUGGAGAAAGACCCGGUCAGGAAAACAAGGCCACUAUUGUCCGCAUGGGGAAGAGCCUUCUCAUCCUGACCCCUCUGCUGGGGCUCACCUGGGGCUUUGGCAUAGGAACAAUAGUAGACAACCGGAAUCUGGCUUGGCAUAUUGUUUUUGCAUUACUCAAUGCAUUCCAGGGUUUUUUCAUCUUAUGUUUUGGAAUGCUCUUGGACAGUAAGCUGCGACAAUUGCUGUUCAGCAAAUUGUCUCCUUUAAGCUCUUGGAAGCAAGCUUCCAAGCAAGACUCAUCAGAUGUGCCUGCCAAACCCAAGUUCCCAAAAACUUUCAACCCAUUGCAGCACAAAGGCAUUUAUGCACUUUCUCAUGCUGGAGAAUCCUCAAACGACAUCAUGCUAACUCAGUUUUUAUCAACUGAAUAAGGCUGCGAACCAUAAACUCAAGAAAAAUUUUUUGGUGCAACUUGACAUUUAGAGCUAAAUGUCAGUGAAAAAAUUAGCUCAAUCUUAAAUGGAAUUUUUUGGUUUAGGAGUCUGGAAUAAAAUAAGAAGCUUUCAGCAGCUUC